CGCGGUCCCGGGGCGGGGCCCAGUGACGCACCGGGGGCACCGACGGCAGAGGCAGGAGCGGUGGGAUCAGCGUGAUCGGCAUGGGGAAGCAGAAGAAGGCGCGGAAGUACGCGGUGAUGAAGCGCAUGAUCAGCCUUCGGGAUGAGCGCAUUAAAGAGAAGGACCGGGCGAAAGCCCCCGUGAAGAAGAAAGAGGACCCGAGCGCCAUCAAAGAGCGGGAGGUCCCCCAGCAUCCCUCUUGCUUGUUCUUCCAGUAUAAUACACAGCUGGGCCCCCCUUACCACAUCCUGGUUGACACUAACUUCAUCAACUUCUCCAUCAAGGCCAAGCUGGACCUAGUGCAGUCAAUGAUGGACUGUCUCUAUGCCAAGUGUAUUCCGUGUAUUACAGACUGUGUAAUGGGUGAAAUUGAAAAGUUAGGACAGAAGUACCGUGUGGCGUUAAGAAUUGCCAAGGACCCUCGGUUUGAACGCUUGCCAUGUAUGCACAAAGGAACCUACGCAGAUGACUGCUUGGUACAGAGGGUCACUCAGCACAAAUGUUACAUUGUGGCCACCGUAGAUAAAGAGCUCAAGCGGAGAAUACGAAAAAUCCCUGGAGUGCCUAUAAUGUAUAUUUCCAGGCACAGGUACAACAUUGAAAGGAUGCCGGAUGAUUAUGGAGCUCCUCGAUUCUGACCUGUCCAGCCAAGCCAUCGAUGCCAGGACUCUGGGCCAGGAUAAGGAUCCUUCUGAUUCCAACCCUCCUGCUUUCUCUU